UUGAUCUCAGUUACGCCCAGACCGUCAUAAGCUACUCUCAUAAAACGCGUUUUGCUACUUGUUUAACAUUAGAAAAAAUCUCUGCUCUGAAAGUGUAAUAACGGAGAGAUAAUCAAAAAAAAAUAAAAAAGUAUAUAUAUAUAUAAAUAGUGUACGUAUCUUAUCAAAAAGUCAACGAAAGAAAAUGCCAGGAUAUAAAUGGGUUCAUUAUCCUCGUGGUCCAGAGAGAUGUCGUUGGCAACCAAAUAUGAUAACUAUCGGUAGAGAUUUGGAUGGUGUAAAUCUCGUAGUUGGUCGUGCACGACAUCAUGGCGAUGUUUUACCAGCUAAAGUAAAACCCGAUCAUAGCGUUGCUUAUGUCUGUCAUAAUGGCAAUGAACAUAUGAAACAUGAAUUUGAGAUUCUAAUGCCAACGGAUUUCAAAUGGAUCCCUUCGGGUCAUGGACAUGUUCCUGAAAAUGCUGUUGAAGCUGGUAGGACAGUUAAUGGUGAAGUUCUCUUCGUUGGUCGUACUUAUCAUAAUGGUGUCCCUUGUGUUGGAAAGGUGCAAAGAAGUCAUGGGGUUUUAUAUAUACCAUAUGACGGACAGGAAAUACCUUUCAGACAAUACGAAGUUCUCGUACAAAGUUAAUCCCAAUUUCUAACAUAAUUCGUUUAAUUAUUCCGGUCAGGAAAUAUAUUUUCUUUCUUUUUUU